UGUUGCGACACACUCCUCCGUAAUCCCGUGGGAGGUCGAGACACACUCAAGAACAGGAAUCUCGCCAUCGAUUCAAUUCCUGCUGCUGGAGUAUAUAGAUACAAGCGAGAAAUGUGUCUUGCUCGCUAGAAAGAGGACAAAGACCACGACUUGAUACGAGAUGUCGACCCCAAUUUACGAGGGCGCCCAGCCCAAGUACAAUACAGGAACCGCAUCCGACGACCAGCCUGGAGAGGCAGAAGCUGGCCAACAGUACAACUUCCCCGUCGAAGAAGAUAUGGUGGAUGAUCAGGGAAACCGGGUGCAGAUGCUUGUUGAACCUCCAGGAAAUGACGAGCAUGGGCUUCUACACACUACUCCCUCGCAGGAUCGAGAAAGGGCCAAUCGUCUAAACGAUGAUAUCACCAUGCUGCAGGCAGAGCGCAUGGUGUCCGAUGCAGAAGCUCCAGACAGAGAAAUGUCGCUCUCCAUUCGGCCUGCCCGCUCUCACCGGACGGAGCCCGUGGAUGAGUUUGACACGGCUACGAACCCCAUCCACGAACAUGCCUCGCUCUACAAACCACCAGAGAAUCCUACAACCUCCGUCGCUCGUUUCUUCAAGAAGGUCCACGAGUCAAGCUUUCUCGUCCGCUAUUUCACCUACAUCAUCCCGCUAGUGCUCAUCUUACUCAUUCCACUGUUGCUCGGCGCCUUUGUCUUCAAGGAUGCCACCGUUGGUGGCGUCAGCCUCCUCUGGUUCUCAGUCUGGCUGGAGAUUGUCUGGCUCACUCUCUGGGCGGGUAGAAUUGUCGCCAAAUUCCUCCAAUACCCCGUGGCCAUCAUCGCCAGUUUGUUCACCAAUAACUCGAAGAAGUGGCGGGAUCUGUCCGCUCAAUUGGAAUUGCCAGCUUCGCUGUUCUUCUGGUGGUUAAGUAUAGAAAUCUCAUUUCUACCAACAAUGAUAACCCACCAUGUUGAUGGGGAUCGCACAGUUAAAAAGUGGGAGGUGAUCGUGAACAAGAUCAUCAUCUCGAUCUUCGUGGGCAUGACGCUGAAUCUUAUCGAGAAGCUGAUAAUCCAGCUUAUCGCUAUCAGCUUUCACUUGCGAACAUACGCAGACCGAAUUGAAAUCAACAAGUUUCAGAUCGGCAGUCUGGCCAAGCUGUAUGCCUAUUCCAGGGAACACACGACUAUGAACGACUCGGAUCUGGAAGAGAAGUCUGAAAAGCGCAGUUCAGGGAAUAGAACUCCCAUGAUGUAUGCUGACCGAGCCCAGAGAGUUGCUCGCGGAGCCCUCAGUAAAGUCGGAGACGUUGCCGGGGCGGUUGCAGGCGACUUUACCGGUAGACGUGUCAAUUCAAGCAGGGAUCCUCAUCAGGUAGUCCUGACUCUACUUCGUUCGACUACUGGAAGUCAAGUACUAGCCCGUCGUUUAUACCGCACCUUUGUUAAAGAUGGCUUCGAUACUGUUUUCGCAGGGGACCUCAAGUCAGCAUUCGAUAACAACGACGAAGCUGAUGCUGCCUUCCAGAUGUUUGAUAGGGACAUGAAUGGUGACAUCUCAAUGGAGGAGCUUGAAGCUGUUUGCACCGAGACUGGAAAGGAGCGAAAAUCUAUCACUGCAUCUCUCAAGGAUCUAGACUCUGUCGUCUCCAAGCUUGAUGACGUAUUUUUCUUUAUCGUUGUUGUCAUCACUAUCUUGGUUUUCCUAUCCCUCAUCUCAGCGUCGACCGCUGGAGUCCUUACAUCUGCUGGAUCAACUUUGUUAGCUCUCUCCUGGCUCUUUUCUGCUACAGCUCAGGAGUUCCUACAGAGUAUCAUUUUUGUGUUCGUCAAGCAUCCUUUCGAUGUUGGUGAUCGAGUCUCUAUUUACGGUAAUACCGGUGCAAAUCUCACGGGAGACGAUUACUUCGUUAAGGAAAUUGCUCUUCUGUAUACGGAAUUCAAGAAGAUGCAAGGCCAUGUUGUCCAAGCUCCAAACAGCUAUCUGAAUACUCUCUUCAUUCUCAACCAGAGACGUAGCGGUGGCCUUGCCGAAGCUGUCCCAGUUGUAAUCAAAUAUGGCACCACGCUUGAGCAGAUCGAUGCCCUACGGCAGAAGCUUCUGGAUUUCGUGACAUCGGAGAAGCGCGAGUUCCAGACCCAGGUGUUGACUGAACUUAAGGAGGUGACGGAGAACUACUCUAUCACGCUCAACGUGGUCUUCUUCUACAAAUCAAACUGGCAGAAUGAACUCCUUCGUCUGCAGCGCCGUAACAAAUUCAUUUGCAACUUGAUGAUCUGUCUACAGGAACUCAACAUUGAAGGACCACGCAUGAACCUUGUCGGAUACCGAUCUGAUCUUCCAGCUCAUAUCGCCCAUCAAGGUGCUCCACCACAGUAUACAACCACUCCUACUUAUGGUGCCAACACCCCUGGAGGGAUGACCGAUGUAUCGCAGACUUCAGAAGCACGCGAUGCACUGGGUGAUCUAGCUUCGUCCUCGGCUGUACAGCCUCCACAUCAUACCCAGUCUAUCCUUCGACACCGUGACCGAUCUGGGACAACGGCCUCAAAUCGAUCCCAGACCAGUACUCACAAACGAGUCGACUUUUCCCUCGGUAUGAAAGCCUUGAGCUCAGACGACAUGAUAUCAGAUGUGUACUGGGACCGUGGCCAUCGUGUAGAGGAUAUUGUACGCUCUACUAACCUCGAAGCCGCUGAACGCCGCCAGCAAGAAAAGGAUUAUCAAGAGCGAGCCAAUGCACCUCUGGAAAGGAGCCCAACUAACCUGAGAAGCUCAAACGACUCCCAUCGGCCCAACUUUUCCCAGUCAAGAGGCAGUGUCUCUUCGUCCGUCUACCGGAGCCGGUUUUUCGGUCGCAUGGGAAGCGGUAGAGGAACACCGUCACGAAGUCGAACGCGUGAUGGAGGAGGCCGGUACGAAGACCUGGAACAAGGACGAUACCACGCUUCCGUAGCCGAUGAGGAGUCUGGCCCGGCUUCAGACCCAACCCCAGCGCCAGCUCCCCCAGCUCCUGGCCCAGACCAACCUCGAAAUCUUGACCCACGUUCCGGCAGCGUGGACACCCAGGGAAUGUACGAAGACGGCCAGACUCAGGGAACUAUGUGGUCCCCUGGCGUCGAGCGACACCCAACCCACGGCUCUGAGCGGCCACUGGACGAAAGUUACGAACUGCCUAAUUAUCAGCGACAAUAAGGCAAAGAUUUCUCUUUCACUGCUACUUAUUGAUAUCUUGCUUUUUUUGAUUUUUUGUCUUCCCCUUCAUGCACAUACCGUUUCUACCUCAUGCGGCCCGGAAGCCCGGCAGCUAACUAGAAGCUCCCCUCGUGUUGCCCUCCCUCCUUCGAACCUUUCAAAACCUGCUUCGUACUCGCUCUCACCUUUAGCACGUUGGAUUUCCAAGCGUCUUUCCAAAUGUUCAAUAAAAUAUUAGCAGCUAGCCACUAUAGCAAUAGAUUCCCAUUACAGCUUAUGCAGGAUGAGCUGAAACAUCCAAUGACUGACCCUAGUUAACUAAGUACACCCCUCCACGAUUCUCCGCUACAUGUCUCAGCUGCAUGUAUGCAUACGUCCCGUACCGCACUUUCCGCCCUACCG